AUGGAAGUUCUCUAUUCAUUACUGGAUGUUGAUAAUCAACGACUUGAUAUGAUAGUACAAGACAAAACAUUCACAAAGAGUCUGAAUUUUGUAUUAACACCGUCAACUAAUGAUAUAUUGUCAAUUGCUGACCCCAUACUUGAUCGAUUCUGUAUAAAUAUCUUGCCAAGAAUUGGUCUCAAUAUAAAGUCUCUUAUUCUUGAAUCAGGAUCUAUGGAACGUAUUCUUCUUGCUGCAGAUUAUCCUAAUCUAGCUGAACUUAAACUCUUCAAUUUUAAUAACAAAAUCGCUUCGCAUUAUUUUACAGUGAAAUCAUCAGUACAUCAUAUUUUUCAAAAGCAAAUAACAGAUCUUAUUCUCGUAUACAAAGAAGAUAAUCGUAUUUCAUCAAUGGAGAAAUACACAGAAGGUGUUCAUGAAUAUAUUUUUAAGUUCUUCGAAAACCUGAAACAUUUGUCUUUUACUGGAUCAUGUACACUCUUAUCACUUGGUAAUUUACCUUUGACAACCUGUUCUUCAACUCUACAAAUUAUGUGUUGGUGUAAAUCGCUUUGA